CAUCGGUAUUGUGGUUAUGUCGGUUUAUGUUUUGAAUGGUAUUAAUAAACGGUGUAGGUACAUACAAUCCAAAACUUGUUAGAAUAAAAUAUCUAUCAUGAGUAAUUUAGAGAACACAAUAUUGGUAGACCUAGCUCGAAAGCUUUUUAGAGGUUGUACAAAUUUUCAUAUUGAGCCCGAUUCUGUGAAACUAAUGACGUGGUCGUGGCAGGAACUGUUUGUGGAUUUAACAUUGAGAAGUCCUGUUAUUAGAAAGUAUCCUAUCAGCACAGAAUUAUCUAGGAUAUUCCUUAAAAAGCUAAUAAAUUGUAUAGAACCUGUGCAGGAGGUUCACGAUAAUCUAUAUGCUGAAUUGUGUCGAGCAAUGAAUAACAGUGCUAUAGAAGACUAUUGUUACCGGCACUAUGUUAUCAGCAAUGAUCUUAAUAAUAUUAUAACCAUGAAAGAAACCAAGAAUAUGGUUGUUAAUGGUACCACAGGAAUGCGCACCUGGGAGGCUGCACUAAUGCUUUCUGAUUGGAUUCUAUGUAACAAAGAGCUGUUUUCAUCAAAAGACGUCCUAGAAUUGGGAUCAGGUAUAGGAUUCACUGGUAUCACAUUAGCAAAAUUUUGUGAACCUAAAUCAGUAACAAUGACUGAUUGUCAUGAAGAUGUUCUACAAGUACUGUGUGAAAAUGUGGAUAUAAAUUUUCCAUCACAUUGUAAAAACAGAAGCUCUGAUGGCACAACAUAUGAAUUAGACAAUGUUAGUAGAGUUGAUGUUAUGAUGUUAGAUUGGAAUGAAAUGACCGAUCUACCAAAUAAAAGGCCCGAUGUAAUACUUGGUGCAGAUAUUGUAUAUGAUCCUUCAAUACUGAAGCCACUCUGUAAUGUACUGCAAAUUUUCUGUGACAGAAAAAAUGACGUGAACAUUUAUAUCGCCAGUAUUAUAAGAAAUGAGUUAACCUUUGAAAGUUUUUUACAAGUUUUGGAAACCUAUAAUUUUCAUUGUGAAAAAUUAAUGCAACCAACAAAUGCGCACAUUGAGUGGGAUCAUACUCAUAUUAACCGAUGCUUACUAAAGAUCAUGAGGAAAUAAAAUGGGUUUUGACUUUAUUUCACUUUCUAAUUUUAAGUACCAUGACAUGGGGUAAUUUGGGAUCCUGGGGUAAAUUGGGACAAACCUGCGGAAGAUUCUCAAAGUACCUGUA